GGAGUGGGAGGGGCAGGAAGGGGAGCAUCACUUGCAGAAGGAAUUGAUGUUGCAGUAAUCGAGGAUUCCACAGAUGACUCAUCUGUAAACCAAAGUUCAUACACGAAUCAAAAUACGCAAGCAAAGGCAAAUACAAUUAAUGCAUCACCUGUAGUUACUGAGGCUGAGGAUGUCUGAGAGGGUUCGCCUGCAAAAUGUUACAUCAUACAUAAUUAUACGAACAUCA